UCUUUGGCUUUUUCUUCCAGCUCCAAGACACUGACUUUGAAAAGAUGAAGACUACAACCUGCUCCUUUCUCAUCAUCAUCUCUCUUCUUCAACUGAUGGCCCCAGUGAAUACGGAGGAGACCUUAGACUCUGUCAUGAAGAAGCUCAAGGAAGCUCUUAGUCGUCUAGAGCAUCCUCCCCACAUUGAGACUAAGAGUCUCUCCUGCACUAGUAUCAAAGCCUCAGGCACACUGGCAUCCUGUCCACCUGGAAUGACUGCUACUGGUUGUUCUUGUGGCUUUGCCUGUGGAUCUUGGAAUGUGCAGAAUGAAAAUAUUUGCCACUGCCUGUGUCCAAUCAUAGACUGGACUGCUGCCCGCUGCUGCCAACUGAGGAAGUGAAGACGCUGAGAACCCAGUUUUGAAAUGAUUAUUUUAACGAAACUGUGGUCCCACCCAGGAAACCUAACUCAUGGUCCUUGUGAUGAAUUCAUAUUACACAGUAAUUCUGCUUUUUAAGAAAUAAAGACCAAUUUG